AUGGCUUCGGGUGAUGAAAAGCCGCUAGUCCGACCGUCAUCGAUAGCUUUACAGGGCGAAAGUAGUGCGAGUUUUUUGAGAGCUGCUCGUGCGGGCAAUCUCGAGCGUGUUCUUGAACUGUUACGUUCUGGAACAGACAUCAACACUUGCAAUGCGAAUGGCCUGAAUGCAUUGCAUCUGGCUUCGAAAGAGGGUCAUCACGAAGUGGUUCGUGAACUACUUAAGCGAAAGGCACUUGUCGAUGCUGCUACUAAGAAAGGAAACACUGCAUUGCAUAUUGCAUCAUUGGCUGGUCAAGAACUCAUCGUGACCAUAUUGGUUGAGAAUAAUGCGAACGUUAACGUGCAGUCAUUGAAUGGCUUCACGCCGCUUUAUAUGGCAGCACAAGAAAAUCAUGAAUCUGUUGUGAGAUAUCUGUUGGCGCAUGGUGCUAAUCAAGCACUUGCUACUGAGGAUGGCUUCACACCAUUAGCUGUUGCACUUCAACAGGGUCAUGAUCGUGUUGUGGCGUUGUUACUGGAGAAUGAUACACGUGGUAAGGUCAGAUUACCAGCACUGCACAUUGCGGCUAAAAAGGAUGACACUAAAGCCGCCACACUUCUCCUGCAGAAUGAACACAACGCUGAUGUGACCUCAAAGAGUGGCUUUACACCGUUACACAUUGCUGCGCAUUACGGCAAUGAGAAUGUUGCACAGUUGUUGCUGGAAAAAGGUGCAAAUGUAAAUUAUCAAGCAAGACACAAUAUUAGUCCAUUGCACGUUGCAACAAAAUGGGGUCGGUCUAAUAUGGUGUCGUUGUUACUUGCACACGGUGCCGUAAUCGAUUGUCGCACUCGAGAUCUUCUAACACCGCUUCAUUGUGCCGCAAGAUCUGGUCACGAUCAAGUUGUUGAUCUUUUGCUGGAAAAAGGAGCGCCGAUUAAUGCUAAAACAAAAAAUGGUUUGGCUCCAUUGCAUAUGGCAGCUCAAGGCGAUCACGUUGAUACAGCUCGUAUUCUGCUGUAUCACCGAGCACCGGUUGACGAUGUUACUGUGGAUUAUUUGACACCUCUUCAUGUGGCUGCACACUGUGGUCACGUUCGUGUUGCAAAACUGCUUCUCGAUCGGAAUGCUGAUCCAAACGCAAGAGCGUUAAAUGGCUUUACCCCGCUUCAUAUUGCAUGCAAAAAGAAUCGUAUAAAGGUUGUUGAACUGCUGUUGAAAUAUCAUGCUGCCAUUGAGGCAACCACAGAAUCUGGUCUAUCUCCGUUACAUGUUGCUGCAUUUAUGGGUGCUAUCAACAUUGUAAUCUAUUUAUUGCAACAGGGUGCAAAUGCAGACGUUGCAACAAUUCGCGGCGAAACACCACUGCACUUGGCUGCAAGAGCCAAUCAAACUGAUAUCGUACGAGUGCUUUUACGCAACGGAGCGAAGGUUGAUGCAACUGCGAGAGAACUGCAAACGCCUUUGCACAUCGCAUCACGACUCGGUAAUACUGACAUUGUGGUACUGCUUCUACAAGCUGGUGCGUCGCCAAAUGCAGCCACUCGAGACCAGUACACUCCGUUGCAUAUUGCUGCCAAGGAAGGGCAGGAGGAAGUGGCAGCAAUCCUUCUCGAUCAUGGAGCUGAUAAGAAUGUGCUAACGAAGAAAGGAUUUACUCCGCUACAUUUGGCUGCAAAAUAUGGAAACAUUCAGGUGGCGAAGUUGUUACUGGAACGAGGAACGCCUGUGGAUAUUGAAGGGAAGAAUCAGGUAACACCAUUGCACGUCGCUGCACAUUACAACAAUGAUAAAGUAGCACUGUUGCUACUCGAGAAUGGUGCAUCAGCACAUGCUGCGGCUAAGAACGGAUACACACCCCUGCAUAUAGCAGCUAAGAAGAAUCAGAUGGACAUUGCUUCAACACUUCUCCAUUACAAGGCAGAUGCAAACGCGGAAAGUAAAGCCGGUUUCUCACCAUUACAUUUGGCAGCACAAGAAGGUCAUCGUGAGAUGUGUGCACUUCUGAUUGAGAACGGUGCCAAAGUCGGGGCAACGGCAAAGAAUGGCCUGACACCAAUGCAUCUGUGUGCACAAGAGGAUAGAGUUAAUGUAGCAGAGGAACUCGUUAAAGAGCAUGCGGCUAUUGAUCCUCAAACCAAAGCUGGCUAUACGCCGCUUCAUGUGGCUUGUCAUUUUGGUCAAAUGAACAUGGUUAAGUUCUUGAUUGAACACGGUGCUCCAGUGUCAGCUACUACUCGAGCUUCAUACACACCGCUGCAUCAAGCUGCACAACAAGGUCACAAUAAUGUCGUUCGAUAUCUUCUCGAACAUGGGGCUAGUCCGAAUGUUCAAACCGCGACUGGUCAGACACCUCUGUCGAUCGCUGAACGCCUUGGUUAUGUGUCGGUAGUAGAAGCACUCAAAACGGUCACUGAAACAACGGUUAUCACGGAGACAACAACUAUCACAGAGGAACGCUACAGACCACAAAAUCCAGAAGCAAUGAACGAAACGAUGUUCUCGGAUUCUGAAGAUGAAGCGACGGCAGCGGCUCUCGAAGAGGAUCCUUCGCAUCUUCGGUCGCUUGCAAAUUCACCAUUACAACUGUCAACCUCAGACGAUCACGAUCUCAGUUUCUUCCCGAACCAUACAUCCAGUCCAUACCCUUCACCAGCUCACGAAAACAAGUUAUCUUCAUCACGUGAAGAUAAUCAAGUGACUGCGAAUGCGCAUGUACGUGAUUUUUCGGAGAGUCUCACACAAGGUCUACAUGAUUCGACUGGGGUUCAUUUGAUUCAUACUGCAGAACCGUUCAAUCCUGGCUCAUAUGUUUAUGGAAAUGCAAUUAUCGAAACGGUGUUCUUUCAGAAAAAUUAUUUUCAGUUGCUUUCGAGAAGCCCUGAAAUGGAUACGGCUGACGGCGAUUUGGAUGCGCUAAUAAGAAAGGCGCAAUACGAACCAGUUGCAACAGCUAUGGCCGAUUCAACAAUUGACACAACAAUCCCAGAUAAUGUUGCGCUAACGCAUACCACCGUACAACCCAGCAAACUUCUUCAUAAAACCUCUCUUACGCUGAUCAGUGGAAUAAUGCACACAUCAUCACUUCCAAAUCCAGCUUCUUCAUCUCUGCUUGCUUUGGAGCAGUCAACACAAUCUGCCAUCAAACAAGCCAAUAAUUGUAUUUGUAGUUUUCUGAUAUCGUUUAUGGUGGAUGCUCGAGGUGGUGCGAUGCGUGGGUGUCGCCAUUCAGGUGUUCGUAUCAUUAUCCCACCACGUAAGGCAUCACAGCCGAUGCGGAUUACGUGCAGAUAUCUCAGAAAGGACAAAUUGGCACAUCCGCCUCCUUUGAGUGAAGGAGAAGCGUUGGCCUCACGCAUCCUGGAGAUGGCACCUCAUGGUGCCAAAUUCCUCGGUCCAGUCAUACUCGAAGUACCACAUUUUGCAUCGUUGCGGGGUCGUGAACGAGAAAUUGUCAUACUGAGAUCAGACGAUGGGCAACACUGGAAAGAGCAUCAACUUGAAGCAACUGAAGACGCUGUUCAAGAAGUUUUGAACGAAUCGUUCGAUGCCGAGGAGUUGUCUCAACUAGAUGAUCUGCACACAUCAAGAAUCACUCGUAUUCUUACGAAUGAUUUCCCGAUGUAUUUUGCGGUUGUAACGCGUGUUAGACAAGAGGUACACUGUGUUGGUCCAGAAGGUGGUGUCAUCCUCUCAUCGGUUGUACCUCGUGUUCAAGCGAUAUUCCCGGACGGUUCUCUAACGAAAACAAUCAAAGUUUCUGUACAAGCUCAGUCGGUACCGCAUGAAAUUGUGACAAGAUUGCAUGGCAAUCGUGUUGCUGUAUCACCAAUAGUUACGGUUGAACCAAGAAGGCGUAAAUUUCACAAGCCGAUCACUCUAUGCAUUCCACUACCACAAAGUACUCACAAGGGCAUGCUCACACAAUAUAGUGGUCAGCCAGGUCAAGAACCACCUACUCUCCGUCUUUUGUGCAGUAUCACUGGUGGUUCGGCACCAGCACAAUGGGAAGAUAUCACCGGGACUACGCAACUAACAUUCACUGGUGAGGAUGUGUCGUUCACAACAACAGUAUCUGCAAGAUUCUGGCUGAUGGACUGUCAAACACCACGAGACGCAGCCCGUAUGGCUCAAGAAGUUUACAACGAGGCUAUCGCUGUUCCAUAUAUGGCCAAAUUCGUCAUUUUCGCUAGACGCACGUUCCCAACCGAGGGCCAGCUGAGAGUGUUCUGUAUGACUGAUGAUCGAGAAGAUAAAACACUCGAAAAACAAGAGCAUUUCAUCGAAAUCGCAAAAUCUAAGGAUGUAGAAGUGCUGAGUGGUCGUCAUCAAUUUCUCGAAUUCGCUGGUAAUAUUCUACCGGUCACUAAGAGUGGUGAUCAACUGUCUCUGUAUUUCUUACCGUUCCAAGAGAAUCGACUUGCCUUCCUCAUAAAGACACGAGCGCAAGAUAAUGAAGAAGCCGCGGCAGGUGGUCGUAUAGCAUUCAUGAAGGAACCGAAAACUCGAGCCGACAGUUUACCACCACAGCAACCACUUUGCACCUUGGCGAUCACUUUACCUGAUUAUAUUGGACAGGAAUCUCAACUGUCGAGUCAUCGACCGGAUGGUAAAUCGAUAAUGGCUAAGUAUGCUGAUCAACUGAAAGAAGGCAGUGAUCCACCAGGCUUGCGAAUGGCUCAUAUGGCUCGUUUGAUUGGACCCGAUUGGCAUCGACUAGGACGUGCGCUGGAUAUUCCAGAUGCAGAUAUUCGGCAAAUACGUCAUCAAAUGAUCGGUAAAGAACCCAUAACGAUUCUGCGAAUUUGGGUGUUCCUCAAGAAGGAAUAUGCAACUCCUGAUGCACUUCGAAAUGCAUUGCGUAGAAUCGGACGUGAGGAUGUACUGAGUGAAGUUGAUAAAGAUGACGAAUCAGUUGAUAUGGAUUCGAUGAUCAGCUCGUCGUCGUUGACCCAUCAAACACCUCUGCCUACUGCACCAAUCAUCACCACUACCGGUACCGCUACAACUACGAUCACAUCUACUUCAGCAUCUGCUGUUCAGCCUGACACCGCGACAUCAACAACUACUAGUCAUUCAUACUCACAAGCUAAAGAGGUAAAAUCUCGUUUGAUUCUUAAAAUAACACUGAUUGAGCACUUGAAAUUCCUGUUGAUUUCUUACAAUUUAAUCCAUUCCUGUGGCAGAAGUGGAAUUGAUUCAGAUGAAAUUUCUUAUCGAUAUAAGAAAUCAGCAGUGGAAUUCAAACUUUCGCAAUGUAGAUAUAAGCAUCUUAUUUAUGUUUAUAUAUACAUAGCGAAAUUUGCACAUUCGGGUGGAACAAAGUAUAAUAAGAAGCAAAAGUUGAUAAGUGCUGGAGUGAUCCCAGUCGUUGAAGAAGACAUGGCCAUCUCUCAGUCGACUGCUCCACGUGAUUAUCAAACCUAUGCUGAACCUGAUCAUGUUCAGUUUGCACGAGCUUCUACCGCAGAUGCGCAUGCCGUCCAGGCUGUACCAGCAAGUGAUCUUCAAGAUGAAGAUGAAGAGGUUCCUGUCUCAGAGAUUCGCACCGUUGUACGCACAGAAAGACAUGUGCAUGAUUCGGAAAAUGGUCCGAUAGUUGAAGAACGUACCAUAACGACAACUUAUGAGGAUGAUAUUGCUGUCAAUGAAGAAGUAGUUGAUAGAAUAGUACCGUUGAAUGAAGAAGAGCAAGAAAAGUGGGAUCGUAUGGUGCGUGAAGCUCAGGAGGCUCUUGAUCACGAGAAAUCAUUACAGUCAAACGAAGGUGAUCACCAAGAGGUAUUUGAAGAAGAACAUGAAACUGAAGAUGGUAAAAUUGUGAAGAAGACAACCGUUAGAACAACUCAUGUAACAACUACUCAUGACGAGCAACCAACAGCUGAGUUGAGCUACAGGGAUCAUGAAAGUAAACCCAUUGCAGAAAAGUAUCCACAUUCAGCAUCAAAAGUUGUCACUGCUACAAGUACUGCCAUUAGCGGUCAUUCACCAGAAAUCUCGGAGAAGGAGGGCACAAUGAAGAUGAAAGAACUGAAGCAAGCUGUUGGCGAUAAGGGGCGUGUGAAUGAAAGCGAAGAGUUAUCGCAACAAGUUGCUGUUGAUAUUGAUAAUGCUGCAGUGGGUCAGAAAAAACCAGUUGAACAUAAGCAGCUCAAUAAUGAUAUCGGAGCAUUUAGUGCUGGAACGUUGUUGCAAAGAGGUGGUGUCAUUAUGGAACAACAACUACACCAAGAAGAUCAUCUUGCUCAAGGUGAGAGAGAGCAAUCUCCUGUGAACGACCCCACCUCGCCGCCCCAAGUCGAUGAAGCGCAACCAAUUGCUUCAAGUGGUCAGUUCGAACGCAAACGAACUGAUUCGCUGGCCGCUGCUAUUUUAUCAGCCCAAGAUGCACCGCUUGGUCAAAAGGCUACCGUACAGUUCGUAAGUUCAUCAGGCGCUGGUGUACCUCCGACGCUAAUUGAAGCAGUUGAAACGAGCGAAACUGAGUCACAUAUUCAGCCACCGGCAUCUGAAGCUACCAAGCAGGAACAAGUACUAAGCUCUGAAACAGCUAUCGUCAAACUUUUGUUUACGCUUCAUCAGUUACAAAUGACAGAUCCGAGUCGGUACGAAACGGCUGUACGCCGGAUCCAGGAUCUAGAGGAAGAGUUGCGUAUGGCUGGUGCUGUGUGUCCACCAGAUGUGCGUGUUACAGAUGCAGUUGCUAAGGCACUCGCAAUAGCUGGUCGUAGUUCGGAUAUUCAAAUUCGUGUCAAUUCAUCGCGUCAAACCAGCACUACCAAAACUGUGUUUGAGGGUGAAACUCCGCAUUUCCAAGGGCUUGAUAACGACAUGAUUCAACGUCUUCAGCAGCAGCUUAUCUCAAAUCUGAGUUCGGUAGCUGCUCCUCAGCAAUCUGCUCAACAGCAACAAAAGCCAACACCUCAACCAGAGACAGAUCAAAAACAUGAAAGUAUGGCAGAAGGGUUCACAAGUGAGGACGGUUCAACGAUUGUGUCCAAGAAAAUGACUCGUGUGGUUACCACAACGAAGACAGCUGUCGCUGGUUCGUAUCUUCGCGAUGAUCUCAUACGACUGAAGGUAAACGAGCAAGUCUAUUCAGGAAGUGUAGACCCAACCGAUCAACACAUUCACCUCGUACCGAUCACUAAAAGUGAACAAACCUCGAAACAGCAGCAGUAG